GCACUUUGUCCAGUUUGCUCUGGGGUAUUCUGUGUCCACUGUUUGAUCACAUCCCUGCUCACCAUUGGCUAAAGACUCUGACAGCUGGAGAGUUAAAGGGACCACCAAGAAAGAGCCUGACCGAUACAGAUGUUUUCAGACAAGUCAAAGUGAAAAAUGCCUUGGUGGUGGUCAUUUCUUUUGCUGGUAGUGUGUACUGGUGGGAUGUCCCAGGAAUGUUUGAAGGAUCCUGCCCAAGCCUACAAAUUCACAGGCGUAGCCUGUCGUCUCACCUACCCUGCUGCUGUGAUCUUGAAUGAGAAAACCACUAAAGUGAUAGAAGCUGCAUUCCAACACACCAAAUAUCCCACAAUAAAAGGAGAGAAGGCUCUGCUGUUUGGGAGCAAAAUUGUCUACGGACUGGAUAAUUUAGAGAUUCACAACCUGACCAUUGGCCAGAGUACAUUUGAGCUGCGCCCUGGUGAGGGUAUCUCUUUGAACAUCAGUAAUGUGUCUGUAGUGUUCAAAGGCACCAUACAGUAUGCAUACGGCAGCUGGCUUCUCAAUUUUGGACAUUCAGUGAAUUUUGAAGUGGAGUCCCAAAUUGACCUUGGGAUCAAUCCUAAACUGUACUGUGGUAAUGGUAAAGUGUCAGCUGACACUUCUGACUGUUACUUGAAAUUCCAUAAACUGGACCUGCUGCUGCAGGGAGACAGAGAACCAAACUGGCUAAAGAAAGUCUUCACCCAUUUCCUCACUUUUACUAUCAAAGUAGCCGUCAGAGGACAGAUUUGUCAGGAGAUCAAUAAAGUGGCAAACAUACUGGCAGACUUCAUCCAGGACACUGCAGAAAACUUCCUGACUGCUGGAGGCAUCAGUGUGGACAUUGGUGUCACUGGGAGUCCAGUCAUCACCAACAACUACAUCGAAUCCUAUCACAAGGGCUUUACAAAAUAUAACAACACUACAGCUGUUAUUGAAGAGUCUAAAUUUAACCCUCGUCAUCUGCCAGAGGAUAGAAUGCUGUACUUCUGGUUGUCAGAUGAGCUGUUCAAUCCACUCAUCAAGGCUGCUCACGAAGAUGGCCGCUUCCAACUCAACAUCUCUGGACCAGAGCUCACUGAACUUUUCAAGACAAAUCCCCCUGAUGACAUGCCUGAGUUUUUUCAAAAGUGUAUACUGGAGUCCAACUCUGCAGAGCUCAGAGUGUGGAGCACAUCACCAGGAUUCAUGAACACAUCCAGAGACUUUGGAAGCACUGUGUGGGCAGAGGCCUCAGGGCAGCUCCACUGUGGAGACUCCACUACACCAACCCUGUCCUUCGAUACGAAUGUGAUAACGGAGAUUCGGACAUCCUACGCUAAUAAGAAAGUCUCCUUGCAUGGUAAAGUCACAGACAUUUUUGUUAGUCCAAAAAAGAUACCAGAAGAAUAUUAUUCGAUGGAAGGAUACACCAAGGUUCAGGCAUUUCUUGAAAAUGCUGUGAAAAAGACAGGUGUGCUGAAGGUCUUGACUGUUCUUGAGACAGAAACAACCCGACUACUCAACAAGCAAGGGGUCCAUUUGUUUGACAUUUACAACCCAGAAGUAAUCCCUCAAGAUGGCUAUGUAGUACUCCAGAUGGACUUUGGGUUUCCACAUCAUCUUCUUGUGGAAUUCCUUAAGAAAACUCUGGAAUAGAUAAACUGAAGAGUAGUGUGUGCACUGUAUUUAUAUCAGUCUGAGUAAUACAGUAACGCAGUCUAGUUAGGUCAGACUGGGCCAUUUGUAGUCUACAGGCCUACAGCAGCACAAGUAAACACAACCCAGUGUGUGUAUGAAACUUUGAAACUGUUUUGCUGGUUUUGUAUUUGAUUAUUCUGAAUAAAUUGACAUUAACAGAUCCAUUUUAUUUUUAAUUUCUUACUUUCACAAAGCAUAUGACACCAUGCCAUCAUUGUAACUCUUGACUGCUUUGGUCUUGGUCCCAAUUUUAUCUCUACAGUUAAGAUGCUCUACAAAAACAUAAACAGUUGUGUCAUGUUGUAUCCAAAUACUACUGUAAGAUUCAGUAAAACACAGAUGUCCCAUAGCAUCAUUUCUGU